AAUUAUAUAAACAGUUACCGUUUGAUGCGCGGGAACUGAUUGUUUAUCGGAGCAAAACAAGCGAUUGUUUUGGGGAACUUUUAAUGAGAUAUUAAUGAACGCUUUGACCCGUGAGGCUGUGUCGUUGACGACUUUCGAUGGCGCUAACUUAUGGUCGUGCGACUGGCUGAGAGAAAGUUAACUGUAGUGCGUGCCCGUUAGCGGCGCGGGGCGCGCUCGCGGACUCCGGCGCCGCCGUCCGCGCAGACCGCACGCGCAACAUGUUUACCUCGCGACUCGCGCCGACCAAACAUUGCGGAAAGCGACAGUGUUGAUACAUAGAGCCGAUCAGAAACCGUGAUCAGUGUGUGGUGAGUGCCGGCCGAUGAGUCCAGAGGGGUCACAGUGUGGAAGUGCAACGGCCGCGACAAAGGAUCGCUUGCAAUGACGUUCUCGGGGAACAUGAAGGAGAGUAAGCCGCGACCCGUGAAAGACGCAUGGGAGUCAGAGUUGGGCUACGGAUGGACGCGCAACGGCAACCACCGCUGCGUGCGACACCGCGCGCCGGAAUCGACGCUGUCUGUGAGCAGCGACAUACGGUUCACGCGACGCAAGCUCAGCCGGCCCUGUCGCGGCUGCUGCGCCGCGCUCGCGUCCCUGCUGGUGCUGCUGUUACUGGCUGCAGUCGCUGUAUACCUUGGACAUAUGUACCUGUUCGGUGAUCCGCUAAACCGGCAAACGUUCCGGGGUUCGUUCGUCGUAACCUCGUGGGGUAACAACGAGAGCGAGGGGGGGGAGGCCAACGACCUUGAACCCAGAUCCAACCGGACUCGGGAAAACGUACUGCAGCAGGCGCUUUACAACUUAUACUUCAACUCUGAAUUGAAAUCCUGUUUCGUGUCGGCGGACAUACUGGCUUUGGACAGUUCAGAGGAAGGCAUCCGAGUGCAUUUCGAGGUGUCCUUCGAGCCUAUCUUCACGGCAGUGAGCACGGCGGAGGUGACAGCAGUGCUGGCUCGCGAGCUGGCAGAACCGACGGUUCACCUUAAUGACCUCACGACUCUACCGGAGACACUGCAUAUCGAGGAGAGCUCAGUAAUAUCAUCACUGCAGCUUAAGGAGUCAGACACGACACCGAUAGCGGCGCCAACAACGGAGGCGAUAGCUCCGGAUGCUGUGGAGGAGGUGCGCGAGUGUUCCGCAGUGACGCUCUCUCUGUGCUCCCACCUGCCUUACAACACCACCUCAUUCCCCAACCUGGUGGGACACUCGUCCAAGGAGGCCUUGAUGCGAGACCUCGUCGCCUUCAGGGAACUUCUCGAUGCGGAAUGUUCGCAUCUGGCACAGGAUUUCGUCUGCCAAAUGCUGCAGCCGCGCUGCGCUGAUGGGCGCCUCAUCCGCCCGUGUCGCGCCUACUGUCGCGCGUUCCACGCCGGCUGCGGUUCCCGCUUGCCAGACCGCUUGCGUCCACACUUUGACUGCGGGCGAUUCCCUGACUACUUCGGCAUUGGAUCGUGUGCACCUGAACCAGAAUGUUCAAGGGGGCUCCAGAGGCUAGCCUUAUCCCGGCGGGAGUGUGAUGGCAUCCCAGACUGCGCGGACGCUUCGGACGAGCGCAGCUGUGCGCACUGCGCGGCGGGCGGGGAGCAGGGCUUGCGGUGCGCGCUCUCCACGCACUGCCUGCCGCCACAUCUGCGCUGCGACGGCACGCCUGACUGUCCUGAUGGUAGCGACGAAGCUGGCUGCUUGUGGAUUGCCCGGUCUUUGGCAUCUUGGCGACGAGAGAACAGUGAAUCAACACUAGGUGCUAUCCGCAGCCGAGCUGGAUACGCUGUGUGGUCGGAGCGUGGUCGCGACGGCAAGAUCUGUGCUGCACCCUACGAGAACGAUAAGCGGGCUCUCUCUAGCGUUGCCGCCUCUCUCUGCAAAUCUCUCACUUUCAAAUCAAGUUUCAUCGCAGAAGUAGUCCCAGAUGCUGAAGAGCUGGACCCGAACGAAAGUGAUCCAACGAGAGAAAAACCGCAAUAUGUUGAAAUAGUGGAUCCAUUCGCACCAGAAAUAUCAUUCCUUAAAAGUGAAUGUCCAGAGCGAAAAGUUUUAAGGGUGGUUUGUGAUCAUCUGGAGUGUGGCAUGUCGUCUGGUCGCGGAGCAGACGCGGCUGGUGGAGUGGCGGGCCUGCCGCGCUCGGCUCGCCCGGCCGACUGGCCGUGGCACGCCGCACUACUCCGCUCCUACGUGCACGCCUGUGAUGCUGCGCUCAUACAUGCAUCCUGGCUCAUCACUACUGCCUCUUGCUUCCAAGGCCAACCAAAAGCUGAAUGGACAGCCAGAUUCGGUACUGUGCGUAUACAAAGCACGACUCCUUGGCAACAAGAAAGACGAAUAGUUGGCAUGGUUCGUUCACCAGUUGAGGGUAGCAUGCUCGCGCUAGUCCGACUCGAGGAGCCAGUGGAGAUGACGGACUUUGUGCGACCUAUAUGCCUGCCUGAAAACAGCGCAGAACCAACACGAAGUGUUUGCAACACUCUUGGCUGGACGAGGAACAGAGAUCAACUGCAACGAGUUCAUGUUGUGAGCAGUCCCAUGAACACAUGCGAAAACGUUAGCAUUGCCACUGUGAAUGGGAUAUGUGCCGAACCCUUGUACGAUCAAGAUGACUGUGACGAGGAGGAAUAUGCAGGCAGUUCAAUGAUGUGCUUCAACGAGAAAACCAAGCAGUGGUCGUUAGAAGGCGUGAGCGCGUGGCGCAUUGCCUGCACGAAAAUAGGGCUGGGCCGACCUCGCAUAUACGAUUCCAUAAGCUCACAUGUCGAUUGGAUUCGACGCACGAUAGCGAACUCAGCAAGAUGACCUGCACGGGAAAUAUUCUGAAUCUUGUGAAGACUGCAUUCCAUGCCUGGAAGAACCCGUUGGUUCCAUAUUUGUAUUAUAAAAUUAUAAAUCAAGACAAGUUCUAAAAAGUGUUCAUCUCAUUUAAAUAUUUAGGAUUAUUGUUAUUGUAUAGGUGUAUAAAAUAAUUGGAUGAGAUACAGCCAAAAAACUUGUAACUAACUUUGUGUACAGAUAAUAAUAUAAUUUAGACUGAAACAAGAAAAUAGUCUAGAACUAGGGUGAUGUGAUGGAAUCUACAAUAACUAACAAUACUCAACAAACUGAGUCCCACAUGUUUAGGUUAGAAUAACUAUGUUUGUAUUAUAAGUUUUGUACUUAGUUAAAACUUUAAGUUGUUAACCUUAUUUCUAUAAAAAUGACUUUUAUAAGUGCCUAUUUUAUUGUAGUUGUACAAGUUAAGAUAAUUUAUUGAACAUACAAUUUUAUUGAUAAUGUAUUGUAAAUAUUAUUCUUAGUGUGGAGCCAAAAUUUUUAACAAGGUAGGUAAAUAAAUAUAUUGAAUACCACAAA